GUACUAACCAAACACAAACAUAUGAAAUCUUUGAAGGCUGUCCCCUCUUCCUCCGCUGUGCACUUCGAAGCUGUCACAAGCUGUGGCACUCGCUCGACCAACACCCUGUGCCUUCCUUUCCUGCUCGCUUCGUCUCUGUUCGAUACAAGGAUGAGGAAAUCGAGAUCAAAUGGCAUGGUGGGUGGGAGGGAGAGCCAGAGCUGCCGGAUGACAGAGUGGGAGCUCCGCCCCGGAGGGAUGGUGGUACAGAAGCGGAGCAACGUGGCUGGCAUGCCGACCGAGCCCCUCAUCAAGAUCAAGGUCUCCCAUGGCUCCUACCAGCAUCAGCUCUCCGUCCCUGCCCACUCCACCUUCGGGGAAUUGAAAAGGGUUCUGGCACAAGACACCGCUCUGCAGCCUGGAGAGCAGAGGCUGUUGUUCAGGGGAAAGGAAAAGGACGACGGUGAGCGCCUGCACAUGGCUGGGAUCGUGGAAAUGUCCAAGCUGGUCCUGUUGGAGGACCCGGCAAGCAAGGAGAGGAAGCUCGAGCGUAUGAAUCGGCAUCAGGCGCCUGAGACGAUCGCCGCUGUCGGAGCUGCGGUGGACAAGCUCGCUGCAAAGGUAUCGAGUUCGGAGACUUGCGUGCACGCAAGCAUGAAGGCUGCGGACGAAGAGUUGGCGGAUUUGACUGAGCUGCUUAUGGUGCAACUGCUGAAAUCAGACAGCGUCGAGGCAGAGGGGGAAGCGAGAACGCGGAGGAGAUUCGAGGUUCGCCGUAUUCUUUCUCAUUGGACUUGCUGAAGGCAAGAAGAAAUCUCAGUUACAACUCAACGGCAGACGUUUGAAUCUGGUUUGGUAAGCCCCGAGCGCUCAGUUACAACUCGUCCAAGUCUCCCAGGGAGGGGAUUGGAUUACCAACAACUGGGAACUCUUCGACUAGCUUACGCUAACCCUAAAUAAUCCAUCUCUCUUUUUUUUUUAUGCUUGUUUGCUUUCCAGCAAUUGAUCCUCCGACGUUACACUGAAUUCAGAUAUUAAUUUCUUGUACCUUUGGAUGACUUCGUGCCCAUCUUCUCUUCACAGACCCAAAUCAUAGUGUUUUUGCAUGCAGGAUGUGUCUUGGCUCUGCUUAGUCAUCUUCCCCAGAAACUGUUGACCCCUUGCAUAUCUUUUGACCCACUAGAUAGGUGAAGAUAUGGAAGGCUGUCGACGUAGGAUUUGGUAGAAGAUAUGAUUAGAAGAAAUCUUUCUUUUCUAACUCUUUCUAAAUCUAUAUAAAUAUUAUUCAUUAUACAAUCUUCUUCAUCACAUUGUAUCAAAGAUAUGGACAGCAAUCCCGGUAAGGUCAAAGUUUCCGAUGCUGCUCCUCCUCUACUGUGAUCGAUUUCCCAGCUGCGGCGCCUCUAGUGCUGGGCUCACCGGCGCUGCUUUCCAUCUGCUCCUCCUCCUCCUCCGACGCUAUUCCCUACCCCAGAUCUAGUCACACUCCAGCGAAGUGCUCCCUCUUCUUCCUCAUCAACCGUCGCAUAUCACUGCUCCGAGCGCUCUCUACCUUGAUCUCCCUGUUCGCCCUCAGCGGCUAACCUCGCAUCCCAAUAGUAGGGAUUGAGUAGGCGGUGGACGUGUGUGGAGCGACGUCCAUGGGGCAGUUCUCCCUGAUUCUGAAGUUGGCCAUCGGACCCAUCUUGACGCUGUCGAUCUCUCACAUUGCUCACAGAUCUGCAGCCAUCAACGCAGCGCAACAGAUCUAGUCAAUCCGGCAAUGUCAAACUGCUACCUCCGGUGAUUCUGACUUCGGCGGAGUUUUACGCUAUCCCUUUCUCCGCUCUCUCCUCUUACAGUGACAACCUGUGAACAACACUAUAUUGAUAAGUACGAAGAAGCAAAAGGGCGCUGUGCCACCGUGCCCCUUCUCAGUUCUUCAUCAAGCA